AAGCCGAUCGUCUGCAGGUGCCAUAUUGGAAAUGCUGACCUAGUGUGAGGCCGGGGUCUUUAAGAGUAACAGAUCAGACACAUAGCAGCAGCAGCAGCAUCUCCCACUGACAGCUCAGAGUUUCCCUGGAGGGAAAUCCUCUUUGUGUUUGAGGUCCGAGCCGGUCGAGUCUUUCAACAGGAUAUCCCAACAGAAGUCUCUCUCAGCAGGCCCAAGCCAGCCUGGUGAAGCAGCAGCAGCAGCAGCAGCAGCAGUCGGAGUGAGAGCCUGGGAAUGUGUGCCAUCCUGCAUGAUAAAUAUCAGUGAUUCGCUCCAGGCUUCAGACUGUUACUCACAGGAAGUCACUGUUUGAACAGCGACAGGCCUUUUACUCUUUUACUGGGCCGGGGGACAACAACACCUUUAUUUGUCUGCAGGAUCUUUGUGAGCUUUAACCUCACAUUUCACACGGAUCUGAAACUUCACACACACAAGAAACCACAGGCCGGUUGAUACUAGACACCACCGAGGCUUUACUGAUGACUCUUCUGAUCAUCUCUCCCUGUCGUCAGCUGGUCAGGUAGAUCACAUCGACAUCUGAUGAGCUGUGGCGUGUGAUGUUCUGCAGGACGUAUUUCAAAAGGGACUGAGGUCAUAUUUCACUGUUUCAGACAUUUUCGGUCUACAAUGGCGCCAAAUUGUGGGAGGUCGUAACAAAUGAAGCAAGCGCUCCAACACCUCCUGUGGUAUCCUGGCAGUAGCCUAUCGCAGCCGGCUGAAGAGGCAUCUAAUGAUGGGCCGGAGGCGGAGGCAACAAGGAGAGCGCCGGUGCCUCAGACCAUCCAGGGAGUCUCACUUCCGACAACCAGCAGUUUGAGAUCGGACCUAUCUGUGAGCGGAGCAAGAUUUUUACGCAUGAAGUUUGUUUUUACGCACGUGUUUAACUCGCCUGAGAUGGUUUUCGCCUUUUUACGCAAGAACACGGUCUUCCAGCCCGUGGAUUCUGGACUUGAUGCAGUUUUAACAUACUUGACAUACAACCUGUCCUGCUGUGAAGGGAUAACUACUCCUUCUCGUGUGAGGCGACAUAUUCGAGCGAUGCAUCCAUCCUCAGAAGUCAGCUCAAACUGGAGCGUCUUUUCUGACUAAAACUCAUCCAGAAGCUCAGAGAGGUGGCAGAGCCUUAAAUCUAAAACGUAUUUAUCGAGGUGCUGCCUUCGCUGAGAAAGUUUUACCCCUGAGACGCUCACACAGAGGAGUUUUUUUUUUAGGACCAAACCAUGUUGGAGCUGCUCGGAGUUGUGCGUAAAAGUCGCCGCACAUCGGACAGGAAGUGAACUAAUUAUUAUUAAACCCCAUCCCUCAUUUCCAUAUCUAGCGUGAGCUGGCUGGACCUCAGCCAAUCACCCAGCGAAGGGGAGCAAGAGUCGUAAAAGCAUUCUCCUUCCUCCAUCACAAUCACACUGACAUGCGCAAUCUGCACACGGGCAACGACAGCAGCCUCAGUUCGCUUAUUCCACGGAGCUCGCUGACUGUGAAGGGUCCCAGUCGCUGCUCGUAGAUGAGUCGGCGGAAGGCAGCAGUGAGUCCCACACAGAGAGCAACAUGUCCCGGCGCAAGCAAGCCAAACCCAAGCACCUCAACUCAGAGGAGGAGGCGACACGGAGCGGACUCCUCUGCACGAAUGGCCUUGUAGAGGGAACUGAAAGAGGAGAGACAGACGGAUGCAGCAGUGAGGAAACACACGUCUGUGAAAAAUGCUGUGCUGAGUUCUUCACAUGGACUGACCUGAGUAAACAUCAGAAAGUCUGCACUGAGGAUUCUUUGGUGCUGAUAGUAAAAGACAAUGAUGGGAUACCAGUUUCUGAGGUAUCUCCUGUUGGACCCUCUCCAGCUCCCAGCGUGGCGUCCAGUGACUUGUCUGCAGAAGAGUCCGUAGAUGCUGGCUUUGAGCUGGGAGAGACACUUGUGAAUGACAACGAGAGUCUGGACAAUUUAGAGGAAAGCAUUGAUCGGGAAGCCAUGGAGCUUGAGCAUUGUCCACAGGACGACUACACUACAACCUCCAGCCCCCAGCCUCCAGAUUCAGCUGAGGCCACUUCCCCCCAGAUGUCGGGUGUUGGCAGCUACAGUAUGCCGAGCACAAACGUGACGCUGGAGAUCCUCCACAGCACCAGGGUGGCUGUUGCCCAGUUCUCCCAGGGGAUCAAUAUUUGUGGUACUGGAGGGAAGGCAGCUUCAGCAGCCAUCCCUGUGAUUCUGGAGCACCUGCUGGCUCUGCAGCAACAACAGGUCCACCAGCUGCAGCUUAUUGAGCAGAUCUGCAGCCAGGUAGCCGUCAUGAACAGGCAACCGACACAGGCAGCUUUAAAUCCAGCGUCAAGGUCUCUGUCUCUGGCACCUAACCCUUUCCCCUCCCAAGGCAUCGUCCCUCCUCCCAUCCUGCCUCUGUCAGGUACAAUGCCCUCAUCCAUCAAUGGACAGGCUGCUGUUUCUAUGUCUUCUGGAUUUGAUAAGUCCCCGAGUCUCCAACCACAAACUGUAUCUGGACAAUCCUCCUUUAGAGAUGUAACAUGUACCUCAGCCUCCUCAGAGAAUUCAACCCCACCUCGCUCUAGCAGCAGCAUCUCUGCAUUACUCCCUCAGUACACAGGCUCACACACCAGCAGCAUUAGCAGUACUCAGACACUUAGCUCCUCCAGCCCCCUUCCCUUGGGGCAGAGCAGCCUCCUCAGCUCAUCCUCUAGCCUGCCAUUUCUACCUCAGAGCCCCCCCAGCAGCGUCAUCUUCCCCAAUCCCUUGGCUAGCAUCGCUGCCACAGCCAAUGCACUUGACCCUCUUGCAGCCCUGAUGAAGCACAGGAAAGGGAAAAUGCCAAACGUGUCCUUGUUCGAGACGAAGCCCAGCCCAGAGGAGCCAUUCUUCAAGCAUAAAUGCAGGUUCUGUGCCAAAGUGUUUGGCAGCGAUAGCGCUCUGCAGAUCCACCUGCGCUCCCAUACAGGAGAGCGGCCCUUCAAAUGCAACAUCUGCGGCAAUCGCUUCUCCACAAAAGGCAACUUGAAGGUGCACUUCCAGAGGCACAAAGAUAAGUAUCCUCAUGUCCAGAUGAACCCCUACCCAGUGCCAGAAUACCUUGACAAUGUGCCAACAAGUUCUGGGAUCCCCUACGGUAUGUCCAUCCCUCCAGAAAAACCUGGCUCCUCAUGGUUGGAUAGCAAACCUGUUGUAGCAACUUUGUCAGCCUCUAUAGGUCUUCCGCUUUCCUCCACUAUUACAAGUAUUGGAGGCUCGAAUGACCCUGUAAGUGUAACCCCAUCCAUUAAAUCUCCCUUCCAGCCCGCUCCUUUUGAAUGUGUAUCUUUGUCACCUAACCGCAGAGGCAGUGAGGCUCAUUUUUCUCCUGUUUCAGAGUCUCCACAAUCUAACCGUGAGACAGAAGCAUCCAAUAUACUAAAAUCAGAGGGAGUCCACUUGCCCCAAACCAGCUCCCUGAGACAAAGAGCCAACCAAGUAACAGAAGCAACCAGCACUACAAUCCCAUCUGUGGUCACCACACCUGAACCCAUCGUCUCAGCCUCCCCUGUCUCAAACUCUCCGCCUAUCUCAAUCACUUCAGAUGAGACUAAACUCCUAACCAGUGGCUUCAGCUUCCUGGAUGCUAUGCAAACAUCUGAAACCUCAAAGCUUCAGCAACUGGUGGAGAACAUUGACAAAAAAAUCACAGACCCCAAUCAGUGCGUCCUGUGUCACCGUGUCCUCAGCUGCCAGAGUGCGCUGAAGAUGCACUACCGUAUUCACACUGGGGAAAGGCCCUUCAAGUGUAAAGUCUGUGGCAGGGCCUUCACUACUAAGGGUAACCUGAAGGCUCACAUUGGUGUACACAGAGAAAAUCCACCUGUUCAGGUGCAACACUCGUGUCCUAUUUGCCAGAAAAAGUUCACCAACGCAGUCGUUCUUCAGCAGCACAUUCGCAUGCACAUGGUGGGGCAGAUUCCAGACUCUACCCUGGUGGAUGGGCUGCAGGGGAUGGAUAGCGAAAUGUUCGUCAAUGAGAGAAACUUUGACAGUCUAAGCAGUAAUAGCAAUGACCUCAUUGAUGAUAUUUCAAUGGAGGAUGUAAACGAGGAAGAAGUAGAAGAGCAAGAAAAUAUGGAGGAAGGUGUAAACCCUUAUAAACCCUUGAUCUCUGAUUACAAUUCCACUCCCAAGUCUUCCGCCAUUAUCUCAAGUAUAGCCGCUCUUGAGAACCAAAUGAGGAUGAUUGAUUCUACUGUAAACCUAAACCACUCCUUUGGUAUAAAAUCCCUAACAAAUGGGUUUAAUGACAGCAGCCAACUCCAAGUCAAGUGGGCUUUAUCCGAGAGAAGGGCGGACUUUUGCGGCACAAACAGCCCGAAUAUGUCAGAAUCCUCCUGUUCACCCCGUGCAUCUGCAUCUCCGAUUGAAAGCAACUCAGACAAACCAAGCACAACAAUCACAUCACCUGCAGAGAACAAGAACAGGCCAGAAUCCCAAGAGCCUUUUGCAGCCUCAGUGAAGAGAGAGCAAUCUGAGUCUCCUUCCUCUGCAUCAGGAGCUGCGGAGGCCCAAGAGCUGAGGGGAAUACAGGCCGGCAAGCCGAGUGUGAAAGAGGAGGCUCCUUAUAACAUGUCAUUCCAACUGAGCAGAGAAAGAGCUCCAGGUCAGAUCAUCCCCAGCUUGGUGACCGGGCCACCAUCAGGCAUGAUAAAAACCGAGCUGAACGGUCACAGUCAACCAAACACCCCAUCUGAAGGACAGCACCCACUUUUCAGCGUCCACAUCCCUCCGACGUACGCACCAAUCGGCAGCCCAGGAAUGACCUCCCUGCUCAGCCCUGUUCCCCCUCGACGAACACCAAAGCAGCACAACUGCAACGCCUGUGGGAAGAACUUUUCCUCAGCCAGUGCCCUACAGAUCCACGAGCGCACACACACUGGAGAGAAACCGUUCGUCUGCUCCAUCUGUGGCAGAGCUUUCACCACUAAAGGCAAUCUGAAGGUUCAUAUGGGAACUCACAUGUGGAACAAUGCACCAGCCAGGAGAGGCCGGCGGCUGUCAGUGGAGAACCCUAUGGCCCUGCUGGGUGGAGAGGCAGCAAAGUUUGGAGAAAUGUUUCAGAAGGACCUGGCAGCUCGAGCAAUGAACGUCGACCCUGGAUUUUGGAACCGCUACGCGACAGCUAUCGCCAACAGCCUGGCCACGAAGAACAAUGAGAUCUCAGUGAUUCAGAAUAGAGGCAUCUCUCAGCUUCAUCCUCUAACUGCAGGCAUGGACCGAGUGAGCACAGCAGGAGGUCAAAUGACCAGUCGGACCAAGACAGGCAUGGACCUGGGGAAUAAUAGACAUUUUUCUAUGCUGAUUGAUGACAGCAAAGAAAUCGGAAUCAAUUGAAAAGAAGCUGGAUGCUGACUUGAUACUUAUGCAAUCUGUUAUGGACGUUAAAGUAUUUGUAAAACCCCUUGUUUGUUCUUAUGUAUUAUACAUAGACUUAAAGAACUUUUUAUCAAGUGAAAGAGAAUAGUAGGGUAUUCACAUUUUGCUAUUUUACUUUGCCAUCAUUUGUGAAUGUUUUUUUUUUUUCAAUACAUAAAAUGUUUAACUUGUACCUGAAGAUUCCUACGGUGCUUUGACGUAUGGUUGCUCUGAGGAGGGGAGCAUAUGUUCAAAUCAAUAAUGCAAAGAGUCUACUAUCUCCCCUGGACAGCUGCCCAACGCUGCUGGUGCAAAGCACAAAAUAUGCUCACAAAUACCCACAAGUAAGAUUUGCAAUGUUGUCAAUGUCAUGUUGAGAGAUUGUCUUCUUAAAAAUGAGUUUGACUGAAUAAAAUUAA